AGGCGUUGCCAAAAACUAGGACACCUGAGGUGACCUCGCUGCGAUCUCGUUCCCAGGUCAUAAUUAGGUCCAAGAUGGCGGCGGUUCGUUUGGGCGGAAGUGUCUUUUCUGCUCUCAGUUUUCAACAAGUUUGCAGCCACUCCGAUCAGGUGGGCCUGUUGUUUGGUGAAGUCAGUGUGCAGGUUAAGGACUCCAUUAGUGACUCACACAUCAACUCCAAGACAACAGAGAAAACCAUAUGUGUGCUAUCCCACCUGCCAUGUAACCUACCGCUCAGCUCCAACCUGACAACAGAAAGUAUCAGCAAGGCUAUAAAUGAAGUGGCCUGUGACAGAGAAAAGAAUAUAGUGGGCUGGUACAGGUUUCGCAGGAACUCUUCGCCAGAACCGUCGUUAUGGGAACGGAUCGUCCACAAAAAGCUGUCAGAAACAUUGAAAGCUGAGGAAAACAUGCUGUUCUGGCUGUUUACUUACCAGUCCAGCGGUACCGUGUCAACACAUGUUACAGACUAUACUUUAUACCAGCAGAAAGAUAGGAGAUUGCAGGCCAUUCCCCACGCUGUGGUGAACCUUGGGGACACGUCACAUGACCACUAUCGAAUGAGCUCGGCAGGAGCGCUCAGCACAGAUUUAGGCAUGCUUGGAGUAUUUAAGAAAUACAGGGACCGUCUUGUGGAUGGUGAAGGUCAACUUUGUGAAGUUUCCAUCAUGAACCAGAUGAACUCAGCUCUUCAGGCACAGCUCAUGGGUCUAUGUGACUCAGUACACCAAGGGGAGAAGGAGGCAAGUGUUCUAGAAGAACAGGUAGCCCAGUUGCAAAGUGUUUUGAGGAAAGCAAUGGAACAAAAAGAACAGCAACAACCAAGUGUGCUUAUCCCAGAAAAGGUUGACAUUAGCAAAACAGAGCAACUGGAAGCAGGGCAUGUAGCAGCUGAUGGGAGAGAUGUUGCCAUGGAAACAGAUGAGAAAAUCAGCCCAUUGGCUGAUCAGCUGAGGAAAAUUGCAGGGCAAGCAAAAGAUGUUACAAUGGAAAACAGGAAAACACCAAAGAUGGACAGGAAGGAGGUUAGGAAGGAGUCUGAACCAAGAACGAGAAGGAAAAAUAGGAAGAGCAGUGAGACAGAGAAGGGGAGGGAGGGAGACUCUUUUAGCAACCUUGUGUCAGAGAUGAGGUCAAAGGUUCAGACACCAGGUACUCAAAGGCAGCACAGCAGGCAGAGAGGCAGCAGGCAGAUCCAGGAGGAAGAACCCAUGGAGUCCGGUAUGUCCGACAACAUAGACAGUGAGACUGACAUUGAGACAGAAGACUCCCAAAAGAGCUCACAAUCAACCAGGAAGGAUGAGGAGGUGCAACUUGUGUCAAGUGAUGAUGAGACAGACAUGGAGACAUCAAGCUCACCUGUGUUUUAAGAUUUUGUAUAAAAGGUUUUAAGAAUGAUUGGAUACAAGUCGUACAAUAUGUGAUAUCAAGGCUACAGUUAAGGUUCAGACUGAUUUGGGAUUCCAGUUGAAGACACAAUUUUUGUACAUAGUGCAUUCAUCAUGUGUUACAUGUACAUCAUCAGUGUCAUGAAGUUUUGCUCAAUUGUCUUGGAUAUUUUUCAGGGUUAGUUCUAUAAUGUUCUAUUGUAUCAUGUCAGUGACAGUGAUGUUGAAGAGAUCCUGUGCAAAAUUGUAAACUGAGUCACCAAGUCUCUACUUUAAGUAACUGCCGUUCUUUGAAUUCUAGUAAGGAAAUCAACUUAUAGAGGAUUAGCCAUGAAAGAAACCAUGAACGAACAUUUGGGCCACAGGAGUUGCAAGGGCAAAUGUGUGAUCAAGGUUGUUCCAGAGUAUACUGUAUGAUGGAAAACAUGUCCCCCUGCCUUCCAUUGUGUGCUCUAUAUUAUAGCAUCCCACGGUUAUAGAGUUAUGGUGUUAUUGAGAUGGAAUCUACUCAGAUUUACUGUUUGAUUGGAAGUCAGUAAGUAACAGAACAUAGAA